AUGCUCACAAAUUUCAGCAACGAGUGCAAGCAUCUGAACAAAGGCACGACGGUCAUCUGCAUCGAAAAAAUUGGGGAAGCCACCAAUGCUUUCGUCCUCACCGAUGUUACCGACUCUAUUCCAAUGAACCAAGCCCCUGAAGCAGCCUUCGACGUGAAUCCGAGCCUCCCGAAGCAUAAGCAAGGACAGCUCAAUACACUGCUCCUGCAAUGUCCCGUGUUCGAGCGACUCGCCGACCUGUCGGCCUACGAAACGGCGCGCAAAAUCUUGGUCGUCAAGCAGCCGGCGGACGACGAGGCGAGGCGGCUUCAAGUGUUCCAUGGCCUUCGAGCACUGAGCAUCGUGUGGAUAGUCUGGGUGCACCACUACGCGUACAACGACACAUCCGUAUAUUCCGGUGCUAAGAUAGCCAAGAAACUGGUGGUGCAGUACAAUACGCAGCCAUUCAACAACGCUUGGUUGGCAGUGGAUACGUUCUUCUUUAUCAGUGGCUUCUUUCUGCUGUACGCAAUAAACAAGCAGAUGAAGUCGGCUGGCCUGGGUCAAGUCUUGCUGUACAUCGUAGUACGGUGGUGGAGGCUAAUUCCAAUGGCUUGUGUGGGAAUAUUCAUGCUCACAUUGAUACGACACUUCGGCGAGGGGCCUUUGUGGAACGAGUACAUUGGUGCUGAGAUCGAGAAAUGCAACAACAACUGGUGGCUUCUACUGCUCAAUGUUCAGAACUUUCUCAAGCAUGAUGAACUGUGCCUUGUACCCUACUGGUACAUAUCCGUAGACACACAGCUGCACAUUUUGUUCAUAGGAUUUGCAAUUCUAUUGUACAGGAAUUUUUACCUUUCCGCUACCGCGAUGCUUUUCUUGGUCAUCACAAGCACCAUUGUGGUCGCGUGCCAGACGUUGGUCCACAACUACACGCCCACAGCGCUGUUUGUCGCCGGAGAUGCAAUGUUCGCUAAGGAGGUCCUUGAGCAAAUUUACUUCAGACCAUACACACACUUUGGCCCUUUCUGCUUGGGUAUCAUCACUGCCUACGCGUUCCUCACAAAGAAACCGCGCUUUGAAUUGGGAUUGGCGUGUCAGGGAGCCGCGUGGAUUGCAGUGUUCGUAGCGGGAGCCACUGUGCUGUUUUGCACCAAACAGUGGGGCGACGGGGACCACCUGCCGCCGCCGUGGAUGUCAGCCGCCUACGCAUCUUGCCACCGCCUCGUGUGGGCAAUCUGCAUCGCAUGGCUCGUGUUCGCCUGUAUCUCCGACCGUGGAGGAUUGGUGAACAGCGUGCUGUCCAGUCCCCACCUGGUCCCGCUCAGUCGGCUCUCGUAUGCGGUGUACGUGCUGCACGUGCCCAUCGUCUGGUUCCGUCUCUGGACAAUACGAGAGCGCAUUCUCAUCUGGUUCCUGCCCAUGUUCUACAACGCCAUGGGUACCCUCGUUCUUUCCUUCUUCGUGGCUCUUGGAGCGUCCAUCUUCAUUGAGAGGCCCCUGGUGGCCGCGAAAGACCUUGCCGUGGGUCUCAUCAUGGGACCGCGAAACCACAAACCCUCAAAUCCAGACGGACGUAGCAACAAUCGAGGCGGCAGAAGCGACGUCUUAAGUGAAACGAGACGCCGGGGCCCGUCAGUUGCCAGCAUCGCGAGCAAGCUCUCCGGUUGCCGAAUAUUCGCCAAGCAAUCGCCCACUGGGACGACGACACCCGUCUUUCAGAGCGAGUCGUGUACGGUUCAUCUCUGAUCGCCGCGAAAGCAGCUUACCUGAACGUGCCGCGACACAAGUACAGAUAGCGAUGAAAACUGUGGCCCGUAUCAUGCACAUAGGGCGUCUUUCGUUGUCAGAGCAGCGGCUUAUAUAUGAGAAAGGAAAAAGCUUUCAGGGCCCUUCCCCAGUGGUUCGGCAAGUUAUCAUUGGUAUCAGACGAUCACAACUGGCACAUGAUAACAAAGAAAAAGAAUACUGCGAAAUGAAUGUGCAUUACACCGGACCAGGUUUUAUCGUCGCAAACACGCAGCUAGAGCGAUCACGUCUGCAAAGCGCUACAAUUUUACUUUCCGCUGCAAAUUCCUACACACGACUUUCCUCUUAAAGAACUCAAUUUUCCCAGGCAUCAUCGAGGAAGCUACAGCUCUCACCUCAAGUGGCAAGUCCAACUUGCAGAGCGCAAAUA